CGUAUGGCCAAGGCUUCAAUAAAUCUUGGUAUACACUAUUUUGCACUUUUUUGCCAUUUAAUCAUGCAAACAAGGCGGUAAAACUGUUUAGAAAGUGAAAGUUAGUGAUACACCUAUUUGUUUAAAUAUUCAAUUACAUGCGUAGACUGUUUCACUCGAUGGUCAGAAGCAGUACCCACCAAGGACAUCCCUGCUGAAACAAUGGCCCGAGCCUUCGAUGAACGAUGGGUAGCAAACUUCGGCUACCUUUCAACCAUCACUACAGAUCGCGGACGCCAGUUAGAAUCUGGACUUUUCCGUCGUCUGACCACACUAUUAGGAAUCACUCGCUUUCGAACGACCGCCUAUCACCCACAAACAAACGGGUUGGUAGAACGCUUUCACCGACAACUAAAAGCUUCACUAUCAGCUGCAAACAUUUCUCAGUGGACCGACGCACUUCUACUCGUCUUACUAGGUAUUUGCAAUGCAGUGAAAGCUGACAUUGGAUACACUGCGGCUCAACUCGUUUAUGGAACGACACUUCGACUUCCAGGAGAAUUCGUGGAUCCUUCAUCCUCUUCAAUGAACAUGAAUCUAACCUCCUACACGAACAGGCUUACAAACGCAAUGCGCUCAGUUAAACCUGCUUUCACUCGACCUCAAUCAACUAAUAUUUCCGUUUAACCCAACUUACGAUACAGUACACACGUCUUCGUUCGUUGAGACUCACAUCGACGACCUUUCGAAUCAGCAUACGAAGGACCCGUCAA